AGUGAUUACAUACUCUUUGGUUUCAUUUUUCGGUGUCCGGUGAUUUUUAUUUUAUUUUGUUUAGUUCUGAUCGUUUGUUUUGUUUAAUUUCAUAAAAAAACUUACUACCUAACUGAUAUUAUACUAUAUGUAGCUCGUAAGAUAUAAGUGUCGUGUCGAUAUACAUGUAAACUAAUAAGUGUAGAAAAAUGGAGCUUUUACAAAUGUGUGUUAACUGUAAUAUCGCUUUAAAGCGAAUCAAGCGGUUUAAAAUAUUAUCAUUGCCUCCUGAUAUGACUGAUCUCUUAACGGAGUGGCUAACUUCUGAGGACUCUGGCUCCAACGGCUAUCGCCUCUACGAUAGACAUGGCCUGCCCAUUGCCACUUCAGCUGGCUCAUGGUUUGGGCUAUGUGGUACGUGAGGAUGGGAAAGGAUCACUGGUUAUACAUAAAGACUUUUGUCAGGCGUUGAGAAGACCGACUUAAUUUCCCAAAAACUGCCCAACCUAGCCGAAUUCUUCUUUUCCUCAUCAAAAUGCUUCUACCUAAUUAAAUUAUAUACCCAAGGUAUCACCUGAUAGCUGCAUCUGUACGGUCUGCUACGACAUAAUGACAAGAUGCAUUGCAACCAAUUCAAGGGAAAGGCAACGUGGAUAUACAAGUGUUUGUUAUGGCUGCGGUAAAUCCGUUGCAAGUGCAAGGAGAUUCAGCAUUCCGGAAAAUCUUGCCUUAGUUGUGUUAUCGUGGCAUCAGUAUGUUAGAGCGUCUGACUAUUUGUGUUUUCGAUGUGUGCAGAAAGCUAAGAGACACAUGGCCCGAAGAAACACUGCUGAUGCUGCCAGACUUCAAGAUGAUACCGUUCAACCUGAUGAGAAACCAGCUAUUCAGGAAAUUGAAACAACUAACCAAUCAGACAGAAACCACGCUGUUCAGGAAAUUCAAGCAUCGGCUUCUCCAUCUCAACGCUGCCUAGCUACAAGCAAUAUUAAAGCUGAUAAUUCUAUUGUUCUGCCGAAUUAUAAACGUUGCGCAAACACAUCCAGCAGAUGCAUAUUCCAAGGCUGCCGGCGGCGUAUAGGUCACAAUGUACCAACCUGGAUCAAAUCAGCAAUGCUGUCAAAUAACAAACUUUUUAUUCCUCGGCGCGCCAGAGUAUGUGAAAGACACUUGAAUUCAAAUGAAUGGGACUCUUUGAUCAAUAACAAAAAUCUAACCAACACUUUCACAGCAGAGCACAUCGAAAGCAUGUUAGAUUAUAAACGUGAGAAUGUCAUAGAUUUCGAAAAUGUGGAAACGAUGCCUGAUAAUAUAUGCCACUAUUGGACGGGGCAUACUACCAAGGAAUUCAUUGAUUUGUAUAAUGCUAUACCGAUCCAGUCUGCCGUUACCAAAAAGUCUAAAAGCGCAUUAGCAAUGUUCUUAAUUAAAUGCAGGACUAAGGACAGUAAUGCUAGGCUGUCUAGACUUUUUAAGGUUCCUAGAUCCACUGUACAGACCAAAGUUAGCCUUGCAAAGAAUUGUCUAGCAAAUCAUCUUUCAUCUAGGGAUGCUUCUACAUGAAGUAACUGCCUAGUAGAAAUAAAGACUGCAGUACCUGA